ACUCCUCCUUCCGUCGCUUUACCGUCACGUUUUCUUCGUCUAGGAGAAGCUAUCGCUCCGCCACCGACGCUUCCGCCCCUGCCCUUUAUAUACUACCAUUCGAUAUCUUGAAGCCGCUUCUCCUUCCCACAGAUCCCGUUGCGACGGGAAAAAAGGGCAAUCGAUAGGCGCCUUCAGAGAGAGAGAAAUAGAAUUGGCUCUGGCUCUGGCUCUGGCUCUGGCUUGACGAGGGGAAGGGAAAGGAAGAAGAAGAAGGGUUGGGAUCCGAUCCCUGAUGGAGGAGGCGGUCACGAUGAUGCCGAGCGAGCACGACAAAAGGAGAAAGAAAGACGGCGGCCUCCUCCUUGGUCGCUUCGAGGUGGGCAAGCUCCUCGGCGCCGGGACCUUCGCCAAGGUCUACGUCGCCCGCGACGUGCGCACCGACGAGCUCGUCGCCAUUAAGGCCCUCGACAAGGAGAGUAUUCUCAAGAGCGGCCUCGUUGCGCACAUCAAACGCGAGAUCGCCAUCCUCCGCCGCGUCCGCCACCCCUAUAUCGUCCAGCUCUUCGAGGUCAUGGCCACCAAGACCAAGAUCUACUUCGUCAUGGAGUACGUCCGCGGCGGCGAGCUCUUCUCCCGCGUAUCCAAGGGCCGCCUCCUGGAGGACACCGCCCGCCGCUACUUCCAACAGCUGAUCUCCGCCGUCGCCUUCUGCCACGCACGCGGCGUCUUCCACCGGGAUCUCAAGCCGGAGAAUCUCCUCGUCGACGAUCACGGCGAUCUCAAGGUAUCGGACUUCGGCCUCUCCGCCGUUGCCGAACAGAUGCGCGGCGACGGGCUUUUCCACACCUUCUGCGGCACGCCCGCCUAUGUCGCGCCCGAGGUGCUCUCCCGGAGGGGCUACGAUGGCGCCAAGAUCGACGUCUGGUCCUGUGGCGUCAUCCUCUUCGUGCUUAUGGCAGGUUACCUUCCCUUCCACGACCGCAGCAUCGUGGCCAUGUACCGCAAGAUCUACAAAGGCGUCUUCCGGUGCCCGCGAUGGUUCUCGCAGGAUCUCGUCCACCUCCUCCACCGCCUCCUCGAUGUCAAUCCCCAAACCCGAAUCACCAUUCCGGAGAUCAUGGAGAAUCCCUGGUUCAGGAAAGGGUUCCGACACGUCCGAUUCUACAUCGAAGACAACCAGUUACAUAGCAUAGAUGAUCCCGAAAAUGAUCCCGAAGAUGAUCCCGAAGAUGACCAACUGCAGAAUAACGAACCUAAGCAAGAUGAGACAUACGAAUCGGGGUCGGAAUCGGACUGCUCCGUCGCUUCCUGCCCGCCUACAUUCUCGGACGAGCAGCACCACCAUCCAUUGCCAAGGCCGCCGAGCCUUACCGCGUUCGAUAUCAUAUCUUUCUCCAGGGGAUUCGACCUCUCAGGGUUGUUCGAAGAAACAGAGGAGAUGACCAGGUUCCUGUCCAAGGAGCCCGUGUCACAGAUCAUAUCGAAAUUGGAGGAGAUUGCAAAGGUUGUGAGCUUCAAGGUCAGGCGGAAGGAUUGCAGGAUCAGCUUGGAAGGGACGAGAGAGGGGGAGAAGGGCCCACUGACGAUUGGUGUGGAGAUAUAUGAGCUAACGCCAUCCAUGGUGGUGGUUGAGGUGAAGAAGAAGGCUGGAGAUGGACAGGAGUACGAAGAGUUCUGCAACAAGGAGCUCAAGCCUGGGUUGCAACACCUCGUCUACGAGUCACCUCCCGUUGUCAGAACCACUUCCAACAUGUCAUAAUGUAAACAAAAGGUUCUUUGAUCUUAAAGCAUUGGUUUCUUGAUUGACACUCGAGUGGUGGAAGUUCUUUUGGAUGUUCGUGACUUACUUGGUGGACCAGACCAUAGUAGGUGUCCACCACAACUAUGCUUUGAUCUGGUGAUGACCAUCCUGGCCUCUACUUCUACCUCCAUGAUCAACAACCAAGCUUUAAAGGAGCAUUAUUUUGAUGAUGUGGUUCAUGAUUUUUGUAGUGUUUGUCUGUCUGGCUCACCUUGGACGGGGCAGUAUGCCAUGAAGGAUUGGAUGACAGCAAGGUUUAUCAUCAUUCUGACCGUAAAUUUACGGUAUAUAAAUAUAUUCUUUGAUUAGUCCAUCUGUCUGGAAGUUGGUAGUCCUAUCUCCCCAUCUAGCUAUGAUGUUCAUGUAUAUCUCCCGUCGGAUUAAGGUGGCUGUGUAAAUAUAUAUAUAGAGGUCCAGAAUAAAUCAGUCAGUGGUUGAUUGCAAGGACCACUGUCGUACGUCUGUGUAUGUUUAUUACUCCACCUUAACAUCUGUUUGAUUUAUGAUAAUGUUUGUUGUAUUUUGGAUCUUA